AUGGUUGGUCACUGGAGCACAGCGUUUGCUGUUAGCCUUCUUGCACUUGGCUCAAGUGCCUCCCCAUUAGAAAAAGAGAAACUCGCCAAGCGCGCGCCACCCUUUAACUACAAUGGCGAGAAAGUUCGUGGCGUAAAUACAGGUGGUUGGUUCGUCCUUGAGCCCUGGAUCACCCCAAGCAUCUUUGAGGGCAAUGCGGCGAAGGAUGAGUGGACAUUUACAGAGAUUCUUGGCAAGGAUGCUGCGAGGUCAAGACUGCAGGCUCAUUGGAACUCCUGGAUCACACAGGACGACUUCAACCAGAUGGCCAAGGCAGGGUUGAACCAUGUGCGCAUCCCAAUUGGGUACUGGAGCGUGAUCGCCCGAGAUGGCGAGCCGUAUGUACAAGGAGCGUAUGACAAGCUCGGUGACGCUCUUAACUGGGCGAGCGGCGCUGGAUUGAAGGUUAUGAUUGACCUACACGGCGCUCCUGAGUCGCAGAACGGCUUCGACAACUCAGGCAAGUACGGCAAUGUCGGCUGGACACAAGGCGACUCCAUAGACCACACCAUCAAAGUCCUCAACAAGAUCCGCGACGACCAUGCCUCGCACCCUGCCGUCUCAUCGAUCCAGCUCUUGAACGAGCCUCUUGGCCCGAACCUCGACAUGAACACAGUCCGCCAGUUUUAUAUGGACGGCUGGGGUAACCUGAAAGAUUCCAACGUUGCUGUUGCUUUCCACGAUGCCUUCAUGGGUGUCACAUCCUGGAACGACUGGGGUGCUGGCAUGUGGAACUUGCUCCUCGACACCCACCACUACGAAAUCUUCACGCUCGACGCGGUCGCCAUGAACAUCGAUGACCACAUCAAGACCGCUUGCGCCUUCGGUAACCAGAUGGCCAGUACUAACAAGUGGACGAUCAGCGGCGAGUGGACUGGCGGUAUCACCGACUGCGCAAAGUGGCUGAAUGGCAAAGACAAGGGCGCGCGCUACGAUGGUUCUUUCGGUGGCGGCUCCAAGAUUGGUGAUUGCACUGGCAAGUCGACUGGCAGUGUCGCUGGUCUGUCCGAAGCCGACAAGUCCAAUAUUGGGCGGUUUAUCGAGGCUCAGCUCGACGCGUACGAGAAGGCCACUGGAUGGAUCUUUUGGACGUGGAAAACCGAGGGCGCUCCAGAGUGGGAUAUGCAAGACUUGCUUGCCAAUGGCAUCUUCCCGCAGCCGUUAACAGCUCGAAAAUACCCUGGCCAAUGCGGCUGA